CGAGCGCCAGCAGCCAGUCGUGUAUAGUCCUGGCGCUCACCGGUGAAUCAGCUGCUGUUACUUACAGAGCGACUUCUCUCGGGACUCGCUGCUCCACUGCUGCAGUGCACGCGGAAAUUUCAGUCGGAGCGCAGUGACCCAACGGAGAGGAAGUAUAUUUAAGCCGACUUGUUCUAUUUUUCGGAGGCGCGCGGGCGAACUUCAAAAAAAUACCCUCACCUCUCCUCUCGUUAGCGCGUUCCGGCUUGUUUUCAAGUGUGCGCGUCGUUUUUCCUCAAGUACAAGUUUAUAUUCGUGCGCUUUUUUAAUUUUUCCGGUUGAAGAGCGAAAUAAAAAGAAUUAUGCCGCCGCGCGGCUUGCAGAGCAGCAGCAGCAGCAGUAGCAGAGAAAAAAUGCCGCGGAGCGAAGCCUUGAGAUCGAUCCGAAGAAGUCGUGCAGUCGUGAGUGUUGUAAGGUGCAAACAGUGUCGGACUAGACUCAGAUGCGACGUGAGAAGUAUCGACGAACAUCUGCAGGGAUGUAGCGCCAGAGUGAACGUGACGCUGAUGAGAGGACAGGAGAUCAAGAUACCGGCUGUUACCUACAACAGCAGCAGCGGCAGCGGUAGUUCCAGCGACGAAGGGAGCAGCAGUGGUGCUAGCAAGACCGGGACUAGAGCGGUCAUUGAAAGGAUGGAGGUCGAGCCGCCAAAGGAACUGUUGAAGCCGCUGCAGCUGCCGCAGAGAAUACUGACGGGGCCCGGGCCGAGCAAUUGUUCUCAGCGGGUGCUCAAGGCGCUAGAGCAGCAGGUUUUAGGUCACACGCACCCCGAGAUGUUUCAGUUGAUGGACGAAAUCAAGGCCGGUCUGCGCUACGCCUUUCAAACGAAGAACAACUUGACGCUGGCGAUCAGCGCAUCCGGUCACGGAGGCCUGGAGGCCGCGAUCGGCAACGUGCUCGAGCGCGGAGAGAAUAUGCUCAUCGUCAAGGCCGGCAUAUGGGCCGAGCGGGCUGCUGACAUGGCUGGCAGACUCGGCAUCCGCGUGGAUUUCAUGGAGACCGAGUUCGGUGUCGCCUUCGGCCUCCGGGAGUUCGAGCUCGCCGUUAGCGAGUACCGGCCCAAGGCCGUCUUCGUCGUGCAUUCGGAGUCGUCGGCCGGACUGAAGCAGCCGCUCGAGGGACUUGGUGACAUCGUGCACAAGUAUGGAGGCUUGCUGAUAGUCGACACUGUCGCGUCUCUUGGAGCCGAGCCCUUCUUCGCCGAUGCCUGGGGCAUCGAUGUCGUCUACACCGGGAGUCAGAAGGCACUCGGUGCUCCGGCCGGCAUCACGCCCAUCAGCUUCAGUCCCGCUGCCGAAAAAAAGAUUCUGACGCGCAAGAGCCCGGUGCCGGUCUUCUACUGGGACAUGACCUGGCUAGGUCGCUAUUGGAACUGCUUCGAUCCUCGGACUCCUCGGCCUUAUCACCACACGAUAAGCGCGACGCUGGUUUACGGUCUCCGAGAGGCGCUGGCCCAACUCGCGGAGGAGGGCCUCGCUGCGUCCUGGGCUCGACACGCCAACGUCUCUCAAAAGUUCCACGAGGGCCUCGCCAGAAGGGGCUACCAGUUGUUCGUCAAGCAACCCCAGCACCGGCUUAAAACCGUCACUGCUAUUAUGCUGCCCGAUGGUGUUGAGGCCCAGCCCAUCAUUCGCUACGCUAUGGACAGGUAUAACCUUGAGUUCAGUGGAGGUCUGGGCCCUACUGCCGGAAAAGUCAUACGCAUCGGACUGAUGGGAGUUAACGCGACCUCCGGGCACGCCGACCUCGUUCUGCGUGGGCUGGACGAUGCCGUCAAGUAUGCUAAAUCUUGUCAACUUAAAUCCAACAUAUAAGCAAACGAUAGUUCCUCGAGAUAGACUUCUAGACACCCAAAAUUUGGCUCUAAUCAUUGUAUGCUAUAAGGAAUUCCGAUAUAAAACUAUUCAUUUUAUUUACAUUGUUAUAGAUAGGAACAUAGUUAUAGAUUUAUUUAGAGAUAUCUAUCUAUACGUAUUUCAACAAUGCACUCGCUUAGUAUUCGCUCUUUCUGUGACUAAUGCGAGCUAAGGAUCACAUGUUAAGUAAUUUGUACAUAUAUACUCAUGAUAUGAAUUUCAAAAUUUCAAUACACUUACCCACCAUUGAUUAGUUUAACAAGAAACGGAAAGGUUUACUUUUUGAUCGAAAACGUUGCUCUGUUAACAACAAGAUAGAUUGUUUUAUUUUUCAUUCUUUAUAAAAUAAAUAAAUAAAAUGAUAUCUUACAACUUAUUAAA